CCGGUUGCCCGGAUGUGGUGACGUGCCAGCCGCUGUCAUGGCGGCGGAGGAUGGGUAUGGUGGCGAGCUCACUCAGCAUGUGGUCGAAUUCGUUGAGAAAGAGUUUGGAGACGAUCCGACAUUAUUAAAGAAACUCCCAAAAAUAAUAGAGGAGCUAGCGCUGAGUAAAAGAAACCUGGAGGAGCAGGUUCUUACUGUUUCAUCAGAAGUACCAAAAAAAAUUGAAAAUGCAUACAAGAAGGCUGAAAACUCCAAAAGACUACUCAGUAGCUUACUUGAGAAAAACUCAGCCUUAGCUAACUUGAUUAGCAAUCAUCUACUAACAGCCCAGCCCUGGAUGGAAGAACUGAAGGUACUGAUUGGUCAGAUUGAGGAGAUUGAACGACACCUUUGGUACUUGAAAUGGAUUUCACAAAUAGAAGAGUUAAGCGAUUGCAUUCAGCAGCACCUCAUGACAAAUAGUGUAUCAGAUGCUGCCAAUACACUGGUUUCCAUGGCAAAACUAGAUAUAAAGCUUAAAGAAUCAUCAUGUACUCAUCUGCUCAACUUCAUAAGAUCCACUGUCAAAUUCUGGCACAAAAUUCUCAAGGACAGACUAACUAAUGAUUUUGAAGAAGUCUUAAAGCAUCUGCAUUGGCCUUUGAUUGGGCCUCCACAGUCCCAGAUUCCUGCAUUGGCAUCAGCUGCUAACUCAACAGAACUCAACAAUAAUCUGGAAAUACUUUUUAUUCAGCUCCUGAAGUUACAGACAUCAGAUGAACUGGUAACUAAACGAAAACAGCUACCAGAGAAGUAUGAAAUUCCUUCUUCCUCACCUAUUGCAAUUCCCGUACAGCUCAUGCUACUACCACUGCAGAAGAGAUUUAAAUACCACUUUACUGGGAACAGACAAACCAAUUUGAUAAACAAGCCAGAGUGGUAUUUGACACAAGUGCUUAUGUGGAUUGGAAAUCAUAUUAAGUUUUUUGAAGAGAAAAUUCAGCCUAUUGUGGAUAAAACAGACUCCUUCUUGGAUGCCAAGCUGGAGUUCUCACGGGGUCUGGUGAUGCUGGUUUUGGAGAAGAUGUCUGCUGAUAUUCCCAAGCUCCUAUAUGAUGAUAACCUGUUUUGUCACAUGGUAGAUGAAAUAUUGUUGUUUGAAAAAGAGCUGCAUAGCGCCUAUGGCUAUCCCAACAACCUCCCAAGCUGUAUGCAUAUCCUUUCAGAAGAGACCUGCUUUCAGAAAUGGUUGACAGUGGAAAGAAAGUUUGCUUUGGAAAAGAUGGACUCUGUCCUGUCUUCAGAAGCUGCUUGGACAUCUCAAUAUAAGGAUAUCGCUGAUGUAGAUGAGAUGAAAGCUCCAGAUUGCGCUGAAACAUUCAUGACACUUCUUCUAGUUAUUACAGACCGGUACAAGAACCUUCCCACUGCUGCUCGAAAACUGCAGUUUUUGGAACUACAGAAGGAGCUGAUUGAUGAUUUCAGGAUUCGUCUGACUCAAGUAAUGAAGGAGGAGACCCGUUCUCCUCUAGGAUCCCGUUACUGUGCCAUUUUGAAUGCUGUAAACUAUAUUGCAGCAGUUUUAGCAGAUUGGGCAGACAAUGUGUUCUUCUUGCAGCUUCAGCAAGCAGCACUUGAGAUUUGUGGAGCGAGCAACACUUUGACUGAAUUACAGCUUGGCCAGCUGGCCUCUCUUGAAAGUUCUGUCUUUGAUAAUAUGAUUGAUUUGCUAGAACGCCUGCGAUAUGAUAUGUUGACGCGACAAGUAGAACAUGUCUUCAGAGAAGUGAAGGACAAAGCAAAAGCUUAUAAGAAAGAGAGGUGGUUGUUUCUGCCAUCUCAGUCAGACCAAGCAGUGAUGUGCUUGUCGAGUUCAGCUUGUCCGAUGUUACUGACUCUGCGAGAUCUAUUGUUGCAGUUGGAACAGGAGCUCUGCCACUCCCUUUUUAAAUCUUUUUGGCAGAUGCUUGCUGAGAAACUUGACUUGUUCAUCUACCAGGAUAUUAUACUGGCAAAUCAUUUCAACGAAGGUGGAUCAGCACAACUGCAGUUUGACAUGACUCGGAAUCUUUUCCCAUUGUUUGCCCAUUAUUGCAAAAGACCAGAAAACUACUUCAAGCAGGUGAAAGAAGCUUGUGUCAUCCUGAAUCUGAACGUGGGAUCGGCGCUGUUAUUACGUGAAGUGCUACAGACUAAUUCGAGCAAUAUGAUUGAUGCAGUUGCCUGUUCUGAAUGGCACACAGCUACUGCAGCUUUGAAUGAAAUUGGAGUUUAUAAACUGGCCCCACAAGAUGUUGAAAUCCUAUUGAAUUUAAGGACAAACUGGCCUAGUACAGGCAAAUAAGUGAUCCAUUGAUUGUCCGGAAUAUCAUUGUUGCACUUAAAAAUUAAUUAUAUAACUGAUGUGACUACAGGUUGUGUUCAGAAGGACCAUGAGAACAGAUGGACACCAUAAGUGGUCACAACGUGGACUUGUAAAUUAAGCUGUGACUAGAAAUGCCAAUCCAGAAUGUUCUGAAUUGUCCUAUUGAAUUAAAAAUUAUUUAAAAUAGUCAUAUGUAUUUUGAAGACUCAACUAAGUAUAUACAUACACACACUCAUACAACAAUUCCUAUGUGCUCUUGAGAAACUCCUGAUGAACACCAUCUUAUACCACUGCAAUCCAUGUGUUUUGGCAAGUCUGGAGUGUUCAGCAAUAGUAAUGCCAUUGAAUGCCAAGGCAAGAAGUUUAAAUUAUAUCUUGCAGAAGAUGCUCAUUGCCAUUUAAGCAGCAAAUAACAUUUAUGCCACAUAUCAGUCCAAGUCUGAAUGUUGUCCUGGUCUUGCUGCUUAUUGACAUAGAUGGAUUUGAGUUACUUAAGAGUUGUGAGGAGUAUUGAAUAAUGUACAAUCAAUCAUUGGUGAACAUCCCGUCUCUGAUUUUAUCAUGAUAGGAAUGUAAACUAUUAUCUUGGACAGGACAUGCAAAAACUCACUGGUAUUGGCCCUGAGAUGAUUUUUUAAAAAUUCAUUUGAGUGUUAGUAACUAGGCCAAUGUUUAAUGCCCACAUCCCUGUCCUCCAAAUGUUACAUGUUGUCAAAUUUUGAACACUUUACAAAAUGACAGAUUGUGUUAAAAGUGAUAUUCCUAUAUUAAGUACAUUCUUAUCACAUAUCAUCUACUGAAGUAUUGACAUCAUGAUAAUUAUGUAAAGGUUAAUACAAUAAAACAUUAUAUCUGCACUACGUUGUAAACUCAAUUACAAUAAACUGCAUUUUUGCAUAAGAA